UUUCGACGCGCAGCCAAUCAAAAUGUUGAGCAACUCUCAUAUUUUUACGCUUUGCCAAGCAAACGUUUACCAUUUUUAUACCAUAAGAGAGAAACAAUGAAAGCAUAGAUUAAACUGAAAACAAAGCGUUCAUUGUGGCAUACCGUUUGUUACCUGCGCUUCGUUGUUUCAGUAUGAACUGUCACGUAAAGCCAGGAAAGUUGUUUGUGUUCUUUGCAGAAAAAGUUUUGUUAAACAAUAUUAAAAUGGCUAGUAAUUUUAAUGAGGAAGGUGCAACACGUAAAAAUGAGGAAUAUGAAGGUCCUCGCAUUAAUGGAGUUGCUCAGAAAUUUCUAGCGGACCUGAACGAAGAACGAGAACGCCUAGGUAGCGAAUUUCCUUUAUGUGUUCAGGUUAUUGACGAAGCAAUUGAACGAGUUUAUACGACUGGUCGAAUACCAGGCACAGAAUACCUAGCUGAUGUGUAUAAACAAAAACCAAUGAAGAUUACUCAAAAAGUGUUCGUUCCUGUUAAGCAGUAUCCCAAGUUCAACUUUACAGGAAAAUUAUUGGGACCGAAGGGUAAUUCAUUAAGGCGUUUGCAUGAAGAGACGCAGUGUAAGAUUAUUAUAAAAGGCCGUGGCUCAAUGCGGGACCGUAAUAAGGAAGAAGAACUAAGACAAUCAGGUGAUCCACAACAUGCGCAUCUAAAUAGGGAUCUCUUCAUAGAAAUAAGCACUGUAGCAACUCCAGCUGAGGCCCAUGCACGAAUAGCUUACGCUUUAGCUGAAAUACGUAAAUAUCUUGUACCAGAUAAGAACGAUGAAGUUUCGCAAGAACAACUACGAGAACUUAUGGAAAUAGAUCCAAAAUCGGCUGAAACAUAUUCAAAAACGGUGCUUAAUAAGUUUUCGACUGGUGAAGGUGCAUCUAAAUUUUUAAAUCUAAUUAAACACCACAGUGCUCCGCCAGAGAGUUUAGAGGAACAGUAUGAAGAAAUAAUAGAAUAUCAACCUCGAAUCCCAAAGCGUACUAUUCCAACUCCAUAUAUAAAAGUGCCUAUAAAACGACCACCAACUACUGUUAUUGGAUCUGGAUUUAAGCGUACACGCGAGACCGCAGUCAAACCUUAUAAACCAAUAUAUCAAAGUAUUAUUAGGAAAUACAAAUAAAAUUAUGACGGUAUAAAACCUUUCUGAAUCAAAUAUUGUAAUCAUAACUAACUACUACACAAAAAAUAAUAUAAAAUUCAAACAUAAUAUCAAUAUUAUAUUAAUCACUAAAUUUUCGCAAUAAACUGAAUAUUGAAUGAAACUAUUGUAAUUUUAUGUCGUCUAGAAUUUGUGUGCAAAUAAUAAUAAAGAACAAUACAAUUAAUAAUAGUUUACAUUUUAUCUGAAUAACUUAACAAAGUUUAUAAUAUUAAAAAAAUAUUCAAAUAAUACAUAAUACUUUUACUUUAAUCAUGUUAAUAUGUUUACUGAAAUAAUAUAAAAAGUUUCAAAAUGUAAAAUUGGCCAAAUUAUAAUCUAAUAAUAUGUUAAAACAAAAAAUUUGUGUGAAACAUAAUGUCUCAUAACCCAAUACAUUACAAUUAAUAGAUAGUAACAAAAUUUGGGACUUGAAAAUUCUAUAAUUUAGUAACAUAAGAGUUGGAAUAACUAUACUUACUUAUCUAUGUAUCAAUAUUGCUUUCUACUUAUUUAUAAAAAAUUUGGUUAAUUAAUUUUGAGAAAAGAUGCAUGAUAGCCAACAUAUGUAGGAUUUAACAAAAAUAAUGAAAAAAUAUAGUACUAGUAGCGUGUUGGGCCACAGGAAUCCCCCUAAGCACCUAUAAAAGCUGUAGAAAUAUAUCUUAAAUCAUCAACAAGUUUUACGAAUGUGUUCGCCCUAUCUAACGUCAUCGAUGAAUAAAGAUAGGACAAAAAAGUUUUGACACACAACUCAAUAGGAGAAUGGAACACUAUGGUAUACUAACAAACAUAAAAACUUUAUUCGAUUUACUUUUGUGCCAAUCCAGUAUGGUAAAGUACGUAAUUAUUUUACAAAUGCCCAACGAAAGCUUUUUGAACGAUAAUAAUUCAUAGCUUUGUUUGUUUGUUCUAUUUAAACCACAACAACAAAUUAUUUAUAAAGUUUGUAGUAAAUUCAGGUUAAUAACGAAAAUUAUAGGCUUGGGAUCAUAGUAGAGUAUAUACUGAGCUUCAGAUAUUCUUUUUUUUUAUGGAACGUAUGUUGGAUCUAUGUGGAAAACUCGUUUGAAACUAUUUUGAAGUUUACACGGUGCAAGUACUUUUUACUAUCUGUGUUGCUCAAAUAUUCAUCUACAAUGAAAAUACAAUAACUGGGAAUGUUAUACAUUUAAAUACUUACAUAAUCGUCAUAUGUGAAUAUAUAACUUCAUUGAAAAUUGUUGUGAAUUGAAUAAUUAAAAUGGUAUAAUUACUACGUUUGCACAGUAAUGAUAUUUUACUGUUGAAGUGUUAUUUGCAACACUAGCAAAUGUUUAACUGCAAUAUCUAAAAUUUAUAUUUUAAUCACUACAAAAUGGUUGAAUCCGUUAAUAAUUUAAGAGGUAAAAACAUAUUUACAUCAUAUUUUUCUCUAAUUUAAAAUAGAAUUGGGAGCAUCAAUACAUCCCCGACGAUGUUUCGUAUCUGUUUUGAUAUUUGAAUGCACCUCUCAGCUAAACCCCAGUUGAAUAGAGUCAACAAUUUGGAUCGUGUCCUUGCAAUGAAAGAUAACCUACUUGGAUAAAUAAUUAAACAAUGCGGAUAUUAAACAAUCCGGUCAUCUAUUACAAAUAAUUAAAGAGCAUAUAACCAAAGAAUAUCGAACUUGGACCUCCAAAGAUCUUAUCAAGUGUCGGCUUAAAAAAAAUUGGUUAGUAAACCUACUGAAUCUUGAAACUGUGAAUCCAAAUUAUGUUGUCGACGAAUAUGAAUAAAUCAUGUCAAUUCCUGUUAAA